GCUCGUCUGUCUCUCGAUGGGAGAGCAGAGCAAAAUGCAGUACUACGCAGGCGGUACCUCCUUUAACUCACCACAUGCCGGACCUCAUGGCCGUGACUGCUUCUGCAUCAGCGGUCCCAAACACAUAGUUCAAUCCGUUGACUGGAGCAACGAGGAGCACCGCCGCUGCAUCGCUGCUUGCCUUGUGAAAGCUACUUACAUCAUGGAGGAGGACCGACCAAAGUGCAGGGUGUAUGACAUGGGAUUGGCGCCGCUGUGGUGGCAGAGCUUCCACUUCGAGCUGCGGGAUCUGCUUAAGUGCGGCACUGAGAACGCGGACGAGUUCAUCUUCGGCGCCAUAUUCGAGUACUGCCCCCCCGUGGGGUGCCAGCGCCACCCGUCCGCCCCAAACUAUGUUUUCGCCCUGCGCGGCACCAUGCCUCGGCACCCAAAGUCGGUCCAUGACCUGUACAACGACAUCAAGGUCUUCCUCAGCGAUCUGCCAUGCUGCAGACGGACCCAGAAGGCGCGUCAGGCGGUGACCAACAUGCUCAUCCGCAAGGGCACGGAGCGGUGCGUGCUGUGGCUGGCGGGGCACUCGCUGGGCGCGUCGCUGGCGCUGGAGGUGGGGCGGGACAUGGCGGAGCAGCACCAGGCGUACCUGCCGACCUUCCUCUUCAACCCGCCCAACGUGUCACCGAUGCCGGCCUUGAACCUCCUCAAUGCUUCGGAGGUGGCGAAGAAGGACGUGUUCACGGGGAGCUACCUCGUGAAGGCGGCGCUCGGGGCCACGGUCAUGAGGUCCUACUGCACCCGCAUGGAGAAAGUGUUCCAGCGCCUCUCGCCGUGGGUGCCGGAGCUGUACGUGAACGAGAGGGACAUCAUUUGCCAGGGCUUCAUCGACUACUUCGAGCAGCGGCAGAAGGUGGAGGAGCGCAUCGCCGGCGUCGGCAGGGCAGCCAUGAAGUUGUCCUAUCGCGACAUGCUCUCCUCCCUCAUCGGCAGCAGCAAGGAGCAGCCGCACCUCUUGCCGUCCGCGAGGCUGUGGAAGAACUCCAACACAACAUUCGGCACACAUGGCCUCAAGCAGUGGUGGAGGCCGGACAGCGAGCUAAAGCUCAGCUGCAGGAAAUUCACUUACCCCGGAGCAUGAGAUAUCUAUGUUAUAUCAUACGUUACAUGUGUGCCUAGCUACUCCUACUUGUGUAUCUCAUGAUAUAAUAGGACGUAUCUGACCCGAGGAAGAGCAUGUACGUGGAGUAUCUGAUCAUACUAGAUCAUUCAGGACAGGGCAGCAAGCCAAUCGAGACCAAUCUCAGGGAGCGAGGGUUUAUACCGGUUUGGACCUCUAGGGGGACGUCCAGUGUGGUCUGUAUUGAUGUGGUGAGGAGCGUGUUACUAGGAUUUAGCAAUGUGCACCAUAUAUAUGCUCCCUCAUGACGGGGGUGAUUACAUGUUUGUAGGCGGGCAACCGCGUUAGUAACUAACGGGAGUCUAUAUCUAGUUACAUCUAUUUGUACAUCAAGUAAUUGAGAUCGAGCUCUUUU